CCGCCACCGCUCAUCAGCCCUCGGACACCAGCCUGUAAGCUUACGUAAUGCACUGAGUGUUGUGGCAGGACGUGUCCUCGCGACGUUGAGUACACUCGCGCGGUGCGCACUCCUGGCCAUGGCCGUCCGACUCGCAUCUUUAUUCGCUUUCUUCGCUCUCCUCCAGUUCAUUGGCACGGUACAUGCAUCGGCACUCACGACAGCCAUUGGCGCGAACGAGCGGCUCUGCUUCUAUGCGGACGUGGACAAGGCAGGAGAGAAGAUCGGCUUCUACUUUGCAGUGCAAGCUGGCGGAUCGUUCGACAUCGACUACGAGGUGAAAGACCCAAACGAGAAGGUCCUUCUCGACGGCGUGCGCGAGCGGCAGGGCGACUACGUUCUCACCGCAAACCACGUCGGCGAGUACUCUUUCUGCUUCGAGAACGACAUGUCCACCCUCACCGAGAAGCUCAUCGACUUCGACAUCAUGGUCGAGAGCGAGCCCCGCCGCGAACCCCCUGCGAAGCCCGGCCAGAUCUCGGAGCAUACGAGCGCGCUGGAGGAGAGCAUAUUCAAGCUGAACGGGAUGUUGCAGAAUAUCAAGAGGACGCAGAAGUACUUCCACACACGAGAAAACCGAGGAUUCGACACAGUCCGCUCAACACAACACCGACUAUUCUGGUACGCAGUUCUCGAAUGUCUGGGGAUCAUUGGGAUGGCUGUGCUGCAAGUAUAUGUUUUGCAAACAUUCUUCACGAAAACGGGCCGGCGCUACAAGGUCUGAGACAUGACUCACACAGCUUUCUCUGUAGCGCGAUGUGUUGCUGUUGCUGGACUGUACGUUACGGCUUCUCUACACAGACGGACUGGGUCUCAGGUGCAUUGAUGCAAGUGAGGCUCUGGAAUAUGUUUAUUGGCAGUUUCCUUACGGUGCGUGUGUCCGAGAUUGUCCAUAUGAUCUGGCAAUAUGGCUGGCAUGAACCCUUAGACUUGCUCCUGAAUCCUUCAUGUCUGUCACUGACAAGGUUUGUUGUGAUUAGGGAAUAUGUGAGUACUUGCAAAUAUGUGGUAAAUACCAGCUGCAGCAUGCCCAUGACCAGAUGUGGAAAAUCACACUACAUUACACUGUAUAAUCACUAUUUGUUCACCUAAUCUCAGGGUCCUAAAACCAGUUAUCCCAGGGG